AGAGAGAGAGGUAGCAGUCAGUGCAAUGGGAUAGAGGAGAGCGAGGAGGAGGAGGAGGAGGAGAGUGAAUGAGAGCUGCUGGAUCUGCCUUGCCUGCAUGCCUGCCUGUCGUCUGCUGAAGCUGGGUUUACCGCCACGCUGCACUGGCACAGAGCAGAGUCAAGGCUCCGUUUGCACUGCCAUCCGUCACUUUCAGCACCAGAUCUCACUCCAGCGACGCCAUCAGCAAGGAAAACCAGGGAUCGAACUCACUGGGCUUUCUCCAUCUUCACAGGGGCACAAAGCAGCUACGAAGGGGCCUGACGCUAAAAUUUAGGCACCAGCUGCUGUCUCAACCAAAACCCCUUCCACCUUAUCCCGUCCUUACCAACACCACCACCACUCCUCUCUUGCUCCUCCCUAUGCCCUUGUCCUCGGCGGCUCCUCUCACCUCCCUGGCCAGUAUAUGGAUAGAAGCUCCCUGUUUCAGCUCAUACAAGAGCAGCUGGACCCAGAGAACACCGGUUUCAUUGCAGUGGAGAACUUCACCAGCUUGGUGGAGCACCAUGAGCUGCAGCUGGACCCAUCCAAACUGGACAUGCUGUUAGCCCUCGUCCAGAGCAAUGAGGAGGGACAGGUGUGCUACCAGGAGCUCAUCGAGCUGAUGAGCAGCAAACGCUCCAGCAGUUUCCGACGAGCCAUCGCCAAUGGCCGCCGCACGCUGCAGAGGGAGAUCCUGCUGGAUGAGACGGGGCUGGGUCUGUACAAGCGUUUUGUGCGCUAUGUGGCCUACGAGAUCCUGCCCUGCGAGACGGACCGACGCUGGUACUUCCACCAGAACCGCCUGUGUCCCCCGCCUGUCUUCAUCGCCAUCGUCACCAUUGUCCAGAUUAUCGUGUUCAUGUGCUACGGUAUCAUGCUAAACAAGUGGGUACUGCAGACCUAUCAGCCUGACUUCAUGAAGAGCCCCCUGGUCUACCACCCCGGCCACCGUGCACAAGUGUGGCGCUUCUUCAGUUACAUGUUCAUGCACGUAGGUUUGGAGCAGCUGGGGUUCAAUGCUUUACUGCAGCUGAUGAUCGGCGUUCCUUUAGAGAUGGUCCACGGCAUCCUACGAAUAAGUCUGCUUUACAUGGCAGGAGUGCUGGCUGGCUCGCUAACAGUGUCCAUCACCGACAUGCGGGCUCCAGUGGUGGGGGGCUCUGGAGGGGUCUAUGCUCUGUGCUCAGCGCAUCUGGCCAACGUCGUCAUGAACUGGGCAGGGAUGCGCUGUCCCUACAAGCUGCUCCGCAUGAUCCUGGCGCUAGUUUGCAUGAGUUCAGAGGUGGGUCGUGCAGUCUGGCUCCGCUUUUCUCCACCGCUGCCAUCCUCGGGGCCCCAGCCCAGCUUCAUGGCACACCUGUCGGGGGCCAUUGUCGGUAUCAGCAUGGGGCUGCUGAUCUUGCGCAGCUACGAGGAGAGUCUGCAGAAACAGUGCUCCUGGUGGGUCAUCGUCUUCUCCUUCAUCACCUUCCUCCUCUUCGCCAUCUUCUGGAACAUCUUUGCAUAUGAGCUCCUGGGGGUGCAGAUCCCACCUCCUCCCUGAUGAUGCCCCCCCCCAGGCACUCCUCAACAUAUACACUGACUCCAACCCUGCUACAAAGAAAGGUUCCCCCUUUCACCAUUGUUAACUUUCCCAUUUCCUCUCAAGUUAGACCGAAAUGAAAUGAUAUGAGAUCAUUCAAACUAAAAUUGACCAAGAAUCCUUUUUUACAGAUACUUUGCAGAUCAAAGAAAUAUGUCUCUUUUAUUAAAGAGGGAUUACAGUAGCAACAAAUACAGGUGAAAGCUCCUCAAACCCAUUUUGAGGAGCAAUAUAUCUUUUUAUAUACGUUGAAAUCUCAUCCACAUUACCAGCACUAACCUUUCAGUAAGCAUUUAGCCACUGCACUUUUUUUUUUUUUUUUUUUUGUUCAGAGGCUUUUUGAAAAGCUUUUUCAUCAGUUGUUUCUUUGAGUAGAUCUUUCAUACAUGUAAACACCUCAAGUAUCUCAAGAAUCUGAGGUCAUGACAUGUGCCUCUUGAGAAAAAGAAAAGGAAUUAAAGGGAGCAGAACAUAAGGAACAUGUCCUGUUGCUGGCAAAAUGCUCAGAGAAAUUUUCUGUCUUUCACAAAGGUCAGAGAUGAGGAUCAGCUGCAGCAAUGCCCCUUAUAAUAGUAGGGUUUCAGUGUUGUGCUUAAAGGCGCUUACACAAAGUGGACGCCUCAAUCUGAGUGUUUUGGCUGUGCUGCAGGGGGAGAUUUAAAGGAGAAUUUCAUUUAUUUACAGGGGCAGCAAUAAACAAAAACACUGAAGCACCACUGAAAUAUGAUUUUCGAUAUGAAUUUUUUGAUUUCACAUCCCGGCUGUAACCGGCAGGGGUCACUGUGGUUUUUUGCAUAAUGGCGCGCUAAGUGAAAGACAAUAAAAACAUCUAACAGAACUUUUAUUUCAAAUUGAGCUGCUAAGUAGGUUCUGCAGUCAAAUGAAAAGAAAUCAGUCAAAAUUCUUUGCCUUGAGUGCAUACACAUUAGUAAUUUCCUUCCCAGAGCAGGUGAAGGAAGAAAGGUUUAAAAGUUUUAAAAGCAAGAUUUUGUCAUCAUCAAGGAGUACCUUAAAGUUAGAGGCAUCACUGUCAUUUUCACUUCCUGGGGUCCCUAAAAAUAAAAUGACGUCUGUUUUUCUCUAUUUUUUCCGUGACAUUAUACCUACACUGUGGAUGCAGAAACAUAUUUCACACAACAUAGACAAGACAUGAAGAUGGGAAAUCAAAGUGACCGCGUGACAGGGGAGGAAAGAGAUAAUAACAGUUGAAGUUUCCUGGACGGUCAUCACUUCAGCGAGUGGACUCCUCCUGUUGCUGUGUCAAACAUUAAACACCAACUUGCUAGGCGCACCGUGUAAAAUAUGCCAUGUCAUGCUCUAUGGCUCUCAGCGAGACAAGGACACAUACACAGAACAUAAACACAAACACACACACAAACACACACACUUCUCCUCUUUGUCUUCUGUGGGUCAAUGUGGACAAGCCGAAGAGGAGAACACCACACACACACACACACACACACACACACACACACACACAAACAC